CAGUAAUGCAGUGAAGCUCGUGUCGAUCGGUUGUGUUUGGUUAUUGUCGCGCGUCUGCUACAUAUUAGCAAAUACACAUUCAUAACAAAGUGCAGAGUAAAGUGAGUGGCUCAGCAGUGAAGAAUUACUUCGUUUGUACAGCACAUACAUUUGAGACGUUUCUAUGUAAACGUUACGCCGCAUGAGCGAUGAACCUGGGUAAUGGUCUGUUCUGGCUGGUGGCACUUAUUUUCGUAGCCUGCAAUCUGUCCUUCGGCGGUACUCGUGAGUCUCAACUGCGCAUCGGUAAGGCCAUCAAUAUCUUCGUGCGCUAUGGCUAUUUGGGAAUAUCGAUGCGUGUCAUACCAUACAACGACAGCUACGAGACGGACAAAUGGCUAUUCAAGGAGCCGACAAAGUCAAUUUAUAAGGAUUUAAAUGCGUUGAGUGAAAGUCGUGAGGAGAAUGCGCCGGGCAUCUUUCAUGGUGACUUUCAUAUGGAAUUUUGCGAUAAUCGACGACAGCUCUAUCAGGCUUACUUCAGAGACUUUACGGUCGAGCGGCUGGAUAAACCGUGGGAGGCUUUCACCGGUGGCUGGUUCGCCGAGAAUGCCGCCAAGAAGCUGGGCAUCAACACGUCUUACAUAAUGGGCGAAUAUUCGUAUGUGUUGGUCCGCGUUGUGCGUUUCCGCGAAGUGGGCAAGUUCAAAGGCGACAUACCGCUCAAUCAGACGCUGGAAAAUGACGUGCAUGAGCGUAUCGGUGGCAUAACGGCGGGUAAUGUGACCGGCGCCAUCGAGUUUAUGGAAUCGUACGGCACACACUACAUCAACUCCUACACGACGGGCAAUUCGUUGUACCAGGUGUUUGUCUACUCGCGGAAAAACUACCAGCUGAUCAGGGAUCGCAUUAAAACGAAAGGCCUGAACAGCCUUUCGAAGAAGGACCUGUACGAUUUCUUUGCGCCAUGGCACGCCGUGCACCUGGGCCAAAUACGCUCAGCGAGCGCCAAUGCGACGGUGGAGCGCUGGGCGCGACGCAAACUGCAAUACGAGUACUAUGUGGUGAAGUAUGUGACAUUGCUCAAGUUGCACGGCAAUGCGACGCUACUCAAGGCAUUGGAUAGCCUCUUGGGCAACGAUGCCAUACUUCAACUAGAUCUGAAAUCAUUGAACGUCAUAUUUAGGGAUGAGCCCGAGAAGCAAAACUGGUUCAACGAAGUGCUCGACAAUCAGAUGAAACUGUGGGAAGUCAACAUGCCCAUGAACUGAUCCAACAGUAAAUAAGCAGGAGUUAUAUACGUAAGAAUGACUGGUUGGACGGUUUAUAUGGGUCGUUAAUGUUCCUAAGUCGCUAGCGACUAUUCGCGUUGUUGCCAUGACUUUGCGCAGCCUUAAGCCACACAUGUAUAUAAAAAUGUAUGUAUAUCUAUGUAUAUGUACAUACGUGUAUAUGUGUUGAAUUCAAUGUAGAAGUGCCUAGGUCACGUUGUAUUUAAACAAAAAUAUGAAACGUUGUUGUUGUUGUCCUCGGAGGCUGCAAUGAUGCUUUUUCGAUGCCUGUGAUAGUUUUAGUUGAUUUUAUUGUUGUAAAUUAAGUUAGUGCUAAUUUAAGUCAUAACAAACAGAAGUACAUAUUUUCAUGUACAUAUGUAUAUAGUAAAUGGAUACUUAUGUAUGUAUGUACAAAGAGUUAGGGUUGGAUAUGAUAAGGGAAAUAUGUUGUAUAAAGGUAGUAAAGCAGCCGGACUUAAGAUAGUUGGGGAAUACAUCAUAUAAGAAAUCGAAUAACGGAAUAAGUAGCGUAAGCAAUAUUAUUAAGAUAAAAAUUGAUGUAAAUAAAUUAAUCGAUGGUUUAAAAGAUGAAAAAAAAACUAAAUGAAA